AUGAUAUCUACUCUGCAGCAGUUUAUUGAUGAGAAUCAAGAUAUAGAUGGAGAGGAUAUUCUAGAUGACGAAGAAAAACAGAGUGCUGAUGGUGAGGUUAUCAAAACUUUUAGAAAUGCGGAUGGAUCUGUCAGUAGCUACUUUGAUAAAAGAAAAGUGAGAAUUGCACCAAGAUCAACCUUGCAGUUUAAAAUCGGCCCUGGAUUUACCCCUGUUGUGCCAAAUCAUAAUAUCAUCAAUGAAAAGGGAAGAAUUCAGGAUGUGAAGCUUGAACCUCGAAUUGAUCGAGGAUUCGACUUUAUAGAUGAUGAGUGGAUUGGAUAUAAGAGAAACUAUUUCACGGUUGUCACGUCUUUUGACACCCCGGGAACUGGUCACCUGGACUUCAUGAAAAAUGUUUACUAUACAGAUGAUGGCAGAAAUAUUGAGUAUUUUGCUACAAAAUUAGCCGCCAAGUGUCUAGAAGACGACAAGUUGAUAAAUUUGGUACAACACACAGCAAAGAGGGAUAAAGGGCCCCAAUUUGCACCUCCUGUCCACGCAAUAGCUCCAGCUAAAUUGCCUAAGCAUCAGAUCAUUCGUGAUGCAUCCAACGUUAGGAAUGAAUCAAAAAUGAAAAAGUUUGAUUCAUAUUUUUUCCUACAUAAAGAAGAAGUUGGUUCGGAUUGUAGUCCUGAUAGCUUGAUUACUAACUACCCUGUUAAUCCUAUUAAAAAAGUUGCGAGAUAUGAGAGGAUUCAGUUUGCAUCUUCAAUUGCGUUGAAAAAAACUAGUCAGCAGAACAGAAGAUUUUUGCUUCUAGUGGUUCUUGGAUGCUAUGUGAAAGGUAAACACGCCAUGAUCGACGAAACUUCGCCAUAUCAUGAAUUGGAUCAUUAUGAUGAAGAAACAGAUAUGACUUUCGUUCCCAUUUUGAUGGAAAAGACACCGCCACUAAUCAUUAGAGGUAGGUCUCCUUCGAACUACUGUCAACAGAUUAAAGUCAUGCACACAAAAAAAACUGAUUUUGAGGCAAGCUCACAAAAGAGCACUGAAAAUCAUUUGGAAACGACCAUUGAGAAGAAAGAGCGCAAGAAGCGCACCAGAAAAAAUAAGAACGAAUGUUCUAACACUUCGGGUGCAAUUCAGUACGAAAAUGGAACUCAUAAUGCUAACAAAAUUCCAACACUCCUAACUAACGGUCUACCUUCCACAUUUGAAAUAUCACCCAACGGGGGUAGCAUGAGAAUAAAAAAUAUACAAUUACAUUCUUCUAGUACGGAAAACUCAUUCCCCAGAGGUUUACAAUCUGAAUCAUUAUCUGUUGCAUAUUUAAGCAACAGUGCAACUCCGAUUCAAGAUUCUAUCUUCAAAAAAAGAAAACUCAACAUCAGUAAACCUGCUGUAUUAGAGCCUAAUCUUGAAGAGCCGCUAGAUGAUUUAACGGAUAACAUAUUUAACACAAUAUCAUUUGAUGAAAACUCACUGCUGAAGGAUAGUAGGGACCUAUUAUCAACUACAAGUGUAUUUCUUCUGAAGCACGUGACCUAUAAUGUUGCAGAGCCGCCUGUAGUGGCAAUUCCAAGAACGAUGCUUCCCAAUAAGAUGGAGAUUUCAUACUGUUUGAACGAUCACUCAUCGAGUUUUGCAGAGUAUCGUCCGCCCAGCACAGCGCAUAGGAGAGUUCCCGGAUCAAGAAGGCUCUUGACAGCUUCAGGAAACCCGUCCGAUCUUCUAAACCCUGCAGAUUGGUCGGACGGUCCGAGCAUAUUCCGGCACUAA